AUGGCCGCCGCCGCCGGGAGGCCGGCCACCAUGCGCGCCGUCCAGUACAGCGGCUACGGCGGCGGCGCCGCCGCCCUCAAGUUUGUGGAAAUCCCUGUUCCUUCCCUGAGAAAGGAUGCAGUUCUUAUAAAAGUAGAAGCUGCAAGCCUCAAUCAAGCCGAUUGCAGGAUUCAGAAAGGGUUGAUGCGCCCCUUUCACCCAAAAUUUCCAUUCAUUCCAGUAACCGAUGUUUCUGGGGAGAUCAUUGAGGUUGGCUCUGCAGUUCGCGAAUUCAAAGUUGGUGACAAAGUUGUCUCCAAACUAAACUUAUGGAAAGCAGGUGGCCUCGCUGAGUACGUGGCGGCACCGGAGAGCGACACCGUCGCGCGCCCCGCCGGCAUCUCCGCCGCCGACGCGGCAGGGCUGCCCGUCGCCGGCCUGACGGCUCUCCAGGCGCUGAGGGCCAUCGGCACCAGGUUCGACGGCGGCCCGGGCAGCGGCGGCGGUGGCGCCGACGUGCUGAUCACCGCGGCCUCCAGCGGCGUCGGCACGUACGCCGUGCAGCUCGCCAAGCUCGGCAACCACCGCGUCACCGCCACCUGCGGCGCGCGCAACCUGGACGUCGUCGGCAGCCUCGGCGCCGACGAGGUCCUCGACUACGCCACGCCGGAGGGCGCCGCCCUCGCGGCGACGGCGAGCCCCUCCGGCUCCGGCAAGAAGUACUACGACUACAUCGUCAACAUCACCGACCGCGGCAGGUGGUCGGCGUUCAAGCCGCGGCUGAGCGGCCGCGGCGGCAGGGUCGUCGACGUGUCCCCCAACCCGGGCAACUUCGUGGCGUCGGUGCUGACGCUCUUCUCCCGGAGGAAGAAGCUGUCGCUGGUGGUCCUGACGCUGGGGAAGAAGGACAUGGCGUUCCUGCUGGAGCUGAUGGCAGCGGGGAAGCUGAAGACGGUGGUGGACUCGCGGCAUCCGUUCGAGAAGGCGGCGGAGGCGUGGGAGCGGAGCCUCAGCGGGCAUGCCACCGGGAAGGUCAUCAUCGAGAUGUGAGCUGCGUUCCUGACUAGCUACCCACCAUGGCCCACCGGCCACUGUCUCUCUCCGCAGCAAUCAUCUUUUGUUAUUCGUACAACGUACACAGUAAGUUGUGUCGUCGUCCAAGUGGUGAUUCGUCGGGUUGGAUUGGAUUCAUCCCUGAAUUGUAGCAUAUGUUAAUUUUAUUUUUUUUUACUUGGAAAAAUAA